AUGGAAAAUGACUGGGCUGCCAGGAUUUUAUCACAGCUGUUGAUUAAGGAGAAGUGCUUGAAGGAAAAAUAUGUUUUUAGUUUAUUAAAAAAGUUUGGAGACGUGAACCAAAUUAUCCAGCAUGCGAAUGAGCAGUUAGAGUCACUUGGAUUCAUCGUAAAUAAUGAACUGAUAAAUGGUGAAGAGUACUUCAUAAUUAGCUGUGAGAAAUUGGCAAUACCUAGGAAGGAUGAGAAUAUGAAUGAGUCCUUAAAUUCUCUUAACAUUAAAGACGAAUAUUUGUUUAACUCGUUAUUUAAAAAAAACGAAAUAAGUUUGUAUUACCUAAUUAUUGAUUAUAUAAUUAGUAAUAAUAAGUACCUAAGUAUGGAUUCUGGAGAUAUAACUUAUGAAACCUUAUGUCUUAAGAUGAAUAUAAAGAAUGUCAAUACCCAAAAAUCAAUACUAGACAAAUUAUUAUUUCAUAAUUGGCUUCAAAAGGAGCAAGGUGAAUUGUCCCUGGGGAUGCGAUUUUUUACGGAUCUGAUAAAGUAUUUUUCCCUUACGAAUUUGGACAAGUGUUCACUUUGCAAUAACGCAAUAAUUGUGGAGAAUAGGCGUUGUACUAACUGUCUAUCAGUUUAUCAUAUUCACUGUUUCAAAGCACUUGCAAAUAAGUUAGCUCUUUGUUUCAUUUGCAAAAAUUCGCUCUAA